UAUAUAAAAAAUAUCGGUUAUUGUAAUGGUUCUUCUAUAUUCUGAUGAUAUUGAUGUAUAUAGUAUUCCUCAUCAAAGAAUGAAAAAUGCUAUUAAUUCCUACGUAAAACAGAUAUCCAUCACAAAUUUUACCAAUAUUUGUGAUUUUAAAUUUUUACUAAAAUCCUUAUCAGAUGUAUUUACUGAGUUUGAAAUACAUGAAAGAAUUGAAAAUGAAUGUAUUAUUAAAGAAUUAAAAAGUAAAUUGGCUAAAUUAUCAAUCAAAAACUCAAAAAUUUGUGAGUGCCAUAAAGAUAGCAAAUUAAAAGAAAUGAGAAAAAUGUUUGAAUCAGGACUAACUAUUAAUAUGUCCCAACUUUCAGAUUUUAGUUAUAAACUAAGAGAUGCAUUUAGUGAAUUUACACAUAACUUUAUCCCACAUAUGGAGGAAGAAGAACAAUAUUUCCAGCCACUCCUAAUGACUUAUUUUAGUUAUGAAGAAUUGAGAAAUCUUAAGAAGAUUGUGAUGUCUAGACAUUCAAUAGAGGCUUACCAUUUAUUUUAUGGUCUAGAUCAAACUAUGGAUAGCAAUUCUAUUUACUCUUCAGGCAAAGAAGCCCCAUCUGAUGCAACCUAUAGUCACUCUUUCAGGUUACCAAGUGAAAUUAUGUUAAAGAUUUUUGGCUAUCUAUCACCCAAGGAUUUGUUGAUAGCAUCAAGGGUUGAACGUUACUGGCGUGACAUAUGUAGGUCUUCCAUCCUUUGGCCCUCUUUAUCGCCACUAAAAUGGAUAUCAGAUGAAUGGAAGUUUCACGAUUAUAAUUAUAGUGGUAACUCAUCACCAUGUCUCGAUUACAGGAAUCACCAUACUCACUAUUAUGAUGCAACUAAUGUACCUGAAAUGGAUCGAAAAAACAAACCAACCAUCAAUGAACUUACAAUUCCAAAGUCAAGACUUUAUAAUGAAUCUAAAGUAUUGAUCGGCAUGAUCAAGUAUCUUCUCCCUCAUAUAGGAAGCGGACUUAAAAUUUUGGAUCUCUCUGGCUCGACUAAACUCAACAAUUUUUUUCUUAAAAAGAUUUUAUCAUAUUGCCCCAGGCUUGAGUGCCUUGACGUUUCAUACACCAAUAUCUCUGACGCAGCAUUUGUUAAUUGGUACGCUCUCCCUGGCUCGUGUAACAAGCUACGUAGAAUAGAUCUCUCUGGCUGUCCAGCUAUAACAGACCUUACCCUCCUAUACUUAUCAAGAGGUCUCACCAAACUUAAUUGCCCAAAAUGGGGGAUCGAAGAAUUCACUGAUGUUUACUAUAUGGAUUUAAAAGCCGAUUUCAAUACUCAUGUUCAAGCCAAAAAGGACGAUAUUUGCAAGAAACAAAUUUCAGAUGACUUUUGCCAUUCUUAUUGUUCUUGUUCUCAAACGUUACCAAAUCAGAUCGAUGAUAAUGUGUACAUCAAAGAUGAGAUCAUAUGGAAAGAAUCCUAUGAUGAUAGUAAUAGUGAAUGCAGUCUGGAAUGGUUGGGAUUAUCUGGAUGUUACAAAAUAACGGAUAGGGGUUUAAGAUUUCUAACUAGAGAUUACCUAUUUCGGACUAGCCAUAUUACCUUACCAUCCUUGAGUUAUCUAGAUUUAUCCGGUUUGCCUCAUAUUACUGCAAAUGGCUUGGCCUACCUAUUAGGAUUCUGUUCAACCGCGAGAUUGCUCCCCGAAAAUAUAUACUAUUGUGACAAUGUCAUGUCGUUCUUCGAUGCUAUCCUCAAUCUCGAUAUAAGUUCAAAGGUUACCACGAAUAGCGAUGAUUAUAUAAAAUUUGAUGAUAUCGAAUUGGCAUUGAUAGAAAGGAUUAAAAACAUUCUUAAUUCCUCUAAUGGAUGCAAAAAUUUGGAGUGUGGGGAAAGGUUUUGUUGCAGGCUUGCAGAAUGAUAUAUGUAAUUAUUUAUAAUUAUUACAAUACAACAAUCAUUUAAAGAAAAUUCAUUAAUAUUUUUCUCGAAUCCUAUAGUGUUGGGGCGAACAAAUUAUAUUAUAUAAAUGAAUUCUUUAAAGUUUUUUUCCACACUAGUUUUACUAACUGAGUCCCUCCGUUUUUAAAAAAAAAAUCAUUUAUAAAAAAAUUACAACAAAAUAUGCCGCUAUAUAAAGUUUAAAUCUUAUAUUUUAUACGGUUUAUAUUACUCAUAUAUUAUAUUAUAAUAUUACUUAUUUCAGCGUAAAAAUAGAUUAAUAUAUAUAUAAUAUUUAUUUUUUUGUUUUAAAUAUACAAACAAUUAUCAGAUUAAUAAAUUAUAACAUUCAUGCAAUUUUUUUUUAUUAUUUAUUAACUAUUCAAA